AUGUCGUCAAUGAAUGGAUCCUCCUUCGCUGCCGGAAGUCCCGCCAUGACUGCCUCUGCUCCGGAUGCAUUUGGCCGCAACCUUCUUUCGUCGUCAAUUUCCUCGCUACAGACCUCCACUAUCGCGUCGAGGCAUACAUCUCAGAUUUCCAAGACAUAUCGCCAAGCCUCAACCUUGUUCCUGACGCGUCGUCUGCCCGAGGCCCUCACCACUCUAACACCGCUCAUCGCGCCGCCUGGUUCAGCUGACGAUGGCGAGCCUGCGCCUGUCGCUGGGGCUUCGCGGACCACGAGGAUCAAGGUGUGGAGCUUGUAUUUGACUAUUCUCAAUGCCAUUUUGGAAAUGGACCCCGAGGAGGGAAAGGAUGCUUUUGGUAACCAGGAAUGGAGGGCACUGUGCUCAAAGGUCCGUGACGGACAAGUUUGGGAGGAGGUUGUUCAAAACGGCUACCAUGGUGUUGAGGGUGAUGUUGAUUCAGACGUUGUCAUCAACCUAGCAACUAUUCUACUCGCGCAUGCUCGCGAUCAGAUAUUGAACCAGCGUCGGCUGGAGACCUAUCUGGCCACUACAACCACGCCGAACCUUGAUUUGGCGAGCAAGUUGAACGGCUCGCCUGCCCCGGGCUCGCGUAUGGGCUCGCGAUACCGGUCACCAGCUCCAGGCACUAGUGGUGCGAACACCCCACGUGAUCUCAAUGCUCGAGUCAAAAUUCUUGAGCUGUACACUCUACACGUCUUGCCGCGGAAUAAUGAAUGGGACUAUGCGCGUGAGUUUAUCAGUGUGAGCCCCGUCUUGGAUGAUGAGCGAAGGGAGGCAUUCGUCCAGGCGCUUCAGAGUUUGCAAGAAGAGCAGCAAGAGCAAGAGCGCUUGGAACGAGAAGAGCGCCGAAGGCAAGAGGAGGAGCUUCGCCGAGAAAUCGAGGAUACCAAGCGACAACGCGCAGAAAAUGAAGCCAGGGAACGAAAGAGACUUGAGGAGGAGCGAGCAAGACGAGAAGCCAGUGAAGUUGAUUAUGGCGUUGAACAAUCGCCUAGUUCGUCAACAAGCGGCAACAAGUCUCGCCAAUCUCGCGCAAGUAGACCACAACACCGGCCGAACAAGCCUUCUGUCUCAUCAAGACAAAAUGGCAAGGCUGUUGCACCGCCGACAUUUACUGCGCGAGCCACCAUGGUCGUUACCAGGUUACGAUCCGUGGUUGAUGAACUGGCAAGGUCUUUGAAUAGCAACCCGGCCUUACUGAUGAGAUUUUUAGCCUUUGUUGUUGGAUUCCUGAUCAUGCUUGGGCACAAGGGUAUCAGACAACGAAUCCAGAGAGUUUUGGGCGCUUCGUGGAACAAAGUCAUGGCCACGGCCGGCAUGGGCACCAAGGUCAGCUAUAUUUAG